AUGCGGGAGACUGCUCAACAGGUCGUUGGGAGGAAGGUGAUAGCUGAAUAUAGUGGGCAUACCCCAGGUACCCAAGUCCCUGGUGAUUGUUUCUUCUUCCCACAGGCUGGCUUUGCCACAGCUGAUCAUCCUGGUCAGGAGAGAGAGUCUGAGAAGGCCGCGGAUCGACUAGCCAGUGGAACACAGAGCAUCUCUAAUGAUAGUCCCACCCAUGGUGAGGGUACCCAUUUUGAAGAGGAAGGCUUUGCUAUGGAUGAUGAGGAUUCUGAUGGGGAAUCCAACACCUGGGAGCUGUCAGAAGGGACACGCUGUCUGCCCAAGGAACAGGCCGGUGACCUAUUUAAUGAGGACUGGGACUUGGAGUUGAAAGCACAUCAAGGGAAUCCAUAUGAUGCUGAUGACAUCCAGGGGAGUAUUUCUCAAGAGAUCAAACCUUGGGUGUGCUGCGCCCCACAAGGAGACAUGAUCUAUGACCCCAGCUGGCACCACCCACCUCCACUGAUACCCUAUUAUUCCAAGAUGGUCUUUGAAACGGGACAGUUUGAUGAUGCCGAAGACUGAGUGUGGAGCUUUCUGCCUGGUGGGUGGGUGGGCUCUCCACAUUGAGGUCUCUCUUCCUAUCUGUGAGGUAAGAUAUCCUGUCUGAGAAAACAUUCCCAGUGAUCCCUGAGUCUGGGGUACACAGACUGUGUUUAAUAAGGUCCAGUUUUGUUGUUAUUUUUAAUAAGAUCCUCCUUGGAAUGUGCAAGUUUUUGUGUCAGGAGGAGUCGUGUUCUUUGUAAAUAAAAGUAGGAAAAAACCGAG